GACUGGGCGGUGAACUCGAAUCUGAGCUCCAUUUGCCUCGAAAUCCUAUUGGUUGAGUAGUAACCAAUAGAAAUCAAGUUAUAGGAAAAACGCCUUUCGUAGGAUAAAUCAAGGUGCAGAGUUCAAAUCUGAGCUGUAUUCAUCCCCAAAUCCUAUUGGUUAAGAGUAGCCAAUAGAAAUCAAGUGUUUUAUAGAAAAGGUUUUCCAGGAUAAUAUUGAUGUCCACACCUUCUAGGAGGACUCAUCUGUCUCAUUCACUUUUUGACGUACACAUAACUCUCGGAUUUAAAUCCAAGGUUUCCGCAUUUAUUUCUAAUAAAAUUAACUCUUAUAUAUAGACUCAUUGGCACUGAUUUAAAUUGAUUCUAACAAAAGUUUUCAUCUAUUGAUUAGGUAAAUAUCGUCGAGCAUUUUGGUUUACAUUUGAUUCUAAUAUUUCAAAAUAUAAAUAUAAUCUAAUUCGAAUUAUUAGUGGACUUAUAACAAUUUGUUCUAUAAUAACAUCUUUAACAUUUAUUGAAAUUACAAAUAAUUUAUUUAUUAAUAAUGAUUAUCAAAAAAUCUUCUUUAUAAAAAAAACAUUAACUAUUGAAAUAUUUAUUUUAAUAUUUUUUUAUAUUGAAUUAUUUCUAGGUUAUUUUAUUCGUCCUAAACUUCAAUUUCCAACAUUAUUUUUAAUAUUAAUUAAUAUUUUUUCAUUAAUACCAAUUUCUUUAUUACUUUUUAUAUGGCCAAUAUCACCUACAUGGUUAUAUACUUUACUUGUUAUUCAAUAUGUUGCUCGUAUUUUUCGUAGUGUUCGUCUAUCAUCUUAUGCUUAUCAAAUAAUGUAUGAUUUAACUGAUCGUUUAUCAAUUUAUUUUGAAACAUUUCAAUCAGUUGCAUUAAUUAUAUUAUUUUUUGCUUUAUUUAUUCUUUCUAUUGAACAAAUAUCAGUACCUGUUGAAUUUUUAAUUAAUAAAAAUUUAAAUAAUACAAAUUAUUUUCAAUCAUUAAGUGAAAUGAUAUGGAUAUCAUUUAAUGCCUUUACAUCAUUAGGUGAAGGUACUAGUCGACCAUUAACUUAUCCUGGUUUAAUUAUUGAAUUUUUAACUUGUUUUAUUGGUAUAUUAAUAAUUCCACAAUUCGUUCAAAUGAUUUACACGAUUGUAUCAAAUACAAUUGAUAAACAAAAAAUAAACAAUGAAAAAUGUAAAAAGAAACAUUUAGUUAUGAUUGAAGAUGAACAUGGAAAUAAAGCAAUUGGUCAAGUUAAUAUUGAUGAACGAGGAAAUUCUAGUCUACCAGAAAUUCUCAUACAAAAGGAUGAAUUUUAA